CGCCGUCGUUGAACUUAAUCUGCGAGCAUGAUUGUGCACUAUUUGCAGAGUGGAGGAGCAAGUGUGCGCGUUGUCCUGGCAAGGUUGUUAUGGACGCACCAAUGUUUGUUUGUGCAUGUAAACACGCCGGGCGAUACGCCGAAAACGGGAAGAAACAACUAGAAAAACAAAUUCCAGUUCGAACUCCAAUUCCAGUUGAAGCAACUGAAGCAAGCUGACAAUGAUCUCUAGACGCGACAAAUUGCUGCAGCUGCCCUGGGAGGAGCUGCGCUAUGCCCAGCAUCGCGAGAAAGUGAUGUCCGCACGUCCGGCGAUUGAUACCAAGUCGCCCCGCCGGCACGACCACGUGCAGCGCAAGUGGAAGAAGCUGCAGAACGAACGGGAGCGCCAGCAGCAAAUUGAACGGGAGAAUCUGCGCCUGCUGCAGAAGCUGGGCGACAUCAUGAGCACCAAGCGCAUGAACAAUCUGUGGCUGGAGCCGCGACCCAAUUUUUUGCACCGGGAGAAGAUGUUUCAUACGCGCCCCUACUCCAGCCUGCCACAGGUUGUCACCAUCUACGGCGCACAGCCACCCGGUCCAGUGCUCUAUGGCAGUAUGCCCAAGCCAUCGGUUGUGGGCCGCUGUCCCACCUGCAGUGGUAAUCCCGAGCGCACACAGGUGGUCAUACCGGAGCAGCGUCUGCCUUGGGCACCCUCGCGCAAAUCCUCGAGCCGCAAGCAAAAGGACCAACAGCAGGAGCAUCAGCGGUGCUAUCAAUGUGGCGGCAUCAGGCGCAUGGAGCGUAAUCUCUUCGAGGACUACUCCUUUGACUAUGAAUAACAUUUGAGCAGACAAA